AAAAAAAGAGGAGGAAGAUAAGAAGAAAGAGGAAGAAGAAGAGGAGGAGGAAGAAGAAGAGGAGGGAGGGGGAAGCUCGUGCCCGUCUCCCUGCGCGCCCCGUGCCUUCCUUGCCAGGCGGAGCAGAGGGCAUCUGUGCCUGUGUCCUGCCUGGGGCCCCAGGAUGGGCAUCCUCUUCCGCGGGGGACUCCGGGGCUGAGCCCUGCGUCCUUCCUCCCUGCUUUGGCUGCCCCGCCCUGCCCUGCCGCCAGAUGGCGCCCUUGCCUUGGCUCUGGCCGUCCUUGGUCCUCCUCCUCCUCCUUCUCUCGGAGCAUCCGCAGCACACCUGGGUCAGAGCUAUGAAUGACAUUGGAGAUUAUAUAGGGUCAAACAUAGAAAUCUCUUGGUUACCCAAUUUGGAUGACUUGAUGAAAGGUUAUGCCCGGAAUUUCAGGCCUGGGAUAGGAGGGCCCCCUGUGAAUGUCGCCCUAGCUAUUGAAGUAGCCAGCAUUGACCAUAUCUCUGAAGUUAAUAUGGAAUAUACCAUGACUGUUUUCCUGCAUCAGAGCUGGCGCGAUGACCGGCUGUCAUACAACCACACUAAUGAAACUCUGGGCCUGGACAGUCGCUUUGUAGACAAGUUGUGGCUGCCGGACACCUUCAUAGUCAAUGCAAAGUCAGCCUGGUUCCACGAUGUCACGGUGGAGAACAAGCUCAUUCGGUUGCAGCCCGACGGGGUCAUUCUGUAUAGCAUCAGGAUUACCUCGACUGUGGCCUGUGACAUGGACCUAACCAAAUAUCCUAUGGAUGAACAGGAAUGCAUGCUCGAUUUGGAGAGCUAUGGUUAUGCCUCAGAGGAUAUUGUCUACCGCUGGUCUGAAAACCAGGAUCAGAUCCAUGGACUGGAUAAGCUGCAACUUGCUCAGUUCACAAUCACCAGUUACCGGUUCACGACAGAAGUGAUGAACUUCAAAUCUGCUGGCCAGUUUCCCCGACUGAGUCUCCACUUCCAUUUGAGGAGGAACCGAGGGGUUUAUAUCAUCCAGUCCUAUGUGCCUUCCAUCCUCUUGGUCGCAAUGUCCUGGGUUUCUUUCUGGAUCAGCCAGUCAGCUGUGCCUGCGCGAGUUUCAUUAGGUAUAACAACGGUCCUCACCAUGACCACCCUGAUGGUGAGCGCGCGUUCUUCGCUCCCAAGAGCUUCGGCCAUCAAGGCCUUGGAUGUGUACUUCUGGAUUUGUUACGUCUUUGUCUUUGCUGCGCUGGUGGAAUAUGCGUUUGCCCAUUUCAAUGCCGACUACAUGAAGAAGCAAAAAGACAAGCUAAAGACCAGCAGACAGUCAGCCGAGGUUAAUGUGAAGAACGCCAUAGUUAUGUUUUCCCUUUCAAUAGCCGGGGUCAACCAGGAGCUUGCCGUCUCCAACCGACAUCGCAGGGUCCCAAAAAACGUGCCUGGGUCCUCGGGCUCCGUGGAAGUUGAAACCGGAGAGACGAAAAAGCAACAAGAGGCUAAGCCUGAGAAGAAGACGGGCCUGAAAUCCCUCUUCAAGCCCAUUGACGCCGACACCAUUGACAUCUACGCCAGGGCAGUUUUCCCAGCGGCUUUUGCAGCCGUCAACGUCAUUUACUGGGUGGCUUAUACAAUGUGAGUAGGCAGACUAGAAGCAAAGUGUGCAAAUGGGCGACACGUCGGGCCAAAGCAGAAUAUUUUGCUAUCACCCAUGGAUAAAUCGAAGGUAAAAUUUAGAGGCACAUAGCAAAGGAUCUA